AUGCGGCUGCAGAACUCAUCCACAUUCUCUUUGGCCUCUCCGGCCCCCCUCUCGCCACGCUCUGCAGCCGAUUCGGAAGAUUAUCUGCGAAAGCCGUCCGCCCUACGGCAGUCAGCCGAGCCUUUGUCACCCGUCUCGCCAUCCUGGGCAGCUUCGCCUGGCCUGCCAUACCGGCCACGUACGACAUCGCCACUGUCGGGACACAUACGUUCGCGGUCGGCCGCCAGCGUAGGCAGCCUCUUUCCUCCAGCAAUGGGCCGCACUCAAUCUAUGCCGGGCUUCAACGGGGCUGGCCACCUCCAAUACGGCCUGGAUCCGCGUAUGUCCAGCCCUUCUCUCCACAGGCCAACAUCUAUAAUCACUCGCACUCCUCGCAAGGCAGUGAUUGAAGACGUCUUUCCGUCGUCACCAACGCGCAUGUCUGUCAUCCACGAUCCCGACCGCCGGCUACUGGAGCGGAACAGCUCCCCUAACCUCACUUCGCCGGGGAGCGCGUCUCCUCUCGCUAUCGCGGGCUCGCCCUUGAUGCGCACUCGUCGGCCAUCUUCACCAUUUCGCCGCAUUUCCAACCCGAGCGCCACACCCACGAGUCCGGGCGCUGCGGCUACAGCCAGCAGCGAUGCCUACGGCAAUGCCUCUGCGAUCACAGGCCCUCCUUCACCGGCCGCAUACUCGCCGUCCUACCGGCCAUACGACUACCCGGUCUCAGGCUCGUCUUACGGCAGCCUAGGUGGAUUCUCGUCGUCUUCUGUGCCGUCCACGCCUACAUCGGCGCGGUCGCGGAGUCCGAGCAUCUCUAGCCUCGAGACCAUUCCGGAUACACCGGACGCCGAGGAGGCAGCUCUCGAAGCGGAGCGAAUCGCGCAGCUCAAAGCUGCUGCCGACGCGGCUGAAGGCGAUGCAAAGGGCCGGAGCAGCCUCGACAGUCCUAGCCGGGGCCGGACUUUGGCCUUUGGAUCACGAGACAAGCGCAAGCGGUGGAGUGUCUGUGGUGCUGAGCGGCGAGGUGAUCUCGAUUUAGAGACCAUAUGGGAAGACUGA